CGAAAGCUAUUUCCGAUUUCAAUAGCAAAUCAUUUGGAAUAUCAGAGUGCUUCACAUUUACAAGAGCAGAGUGCUGCACAUUUUCUUCUUACUUGACACUUCAACCAACUUUUUCAAGGAUGACUGGAAGUUUGACUUUUGAUGAGAGAUACAGAUGCAGAAAUAUUCUAAUGAUGUUGCCAAGAGACAACAUACUAUCGCUUCAUCACACUGUUACUAAGAAAAAUAAAGGCUGGAUUGGUACCACAGAAGCAAUUGAUGACAUUAUUUCACAUUCCAAAAAUGCUGAGGAGCUCUUGAAACGAAAGAAAGUCCAACGUGACGUCCUUUUCACUUACCUUCAAAAUGAUCAUAUUGGUUUGCCCAAAGCCACUGACAAACAACAGUUAGUGAAUCUGGCUCUGGGAAACAGGUCUAUGAAUCUGUACAGUCCACCACCUAUGAAGUUUUCUACUCUCAGUAGUUUACUGACAAGCCCAGUUUUGCCUACAUUAUUUACCCCAAUUUCCACACCACCAUCCAACCCUGCACCUUCCUACCAGAAUUAUUAUACUGGCAGUAGUUUACUGACAAGCCCAGUUUUACCUACAGCAAUCACCCCCAUUUCCACACCACCAUACAACCCUGCACCUUCCUACCAGGCAUCUGUCAAACCAGAGAGUGCACUCGUGUUUGAACAAAGCUCCCAGUUGUCGAAGGUGAAUGAUGACAGUUCUGGAACUGACCUCUCAGUCAUGGCCCAAGAAUUCUGCAAGUGGUUCUACGAGCUUCUGAAUGACUUAAACCCCUUUCUGGGUCAAACGGCUCAAGACUUGUAUCCCUUGCACUUCUGGGAGGAUGUAAAGCUACGUAUCGUUUCCAAAACUGGAAGUGAAGAGUAUGAUGGAGCUGAGCUAGUCAGUCUGCGCCUGUUAGCCUUGGCCAGGGAUGAGAGACUCCUCCUGAGCCCCAACCUGGAGCCCCAUGGCCUCAGGGCUCUGUCCUCCCCCCAUGGCCUGGUGUUGGUGGCUGUGGCUGGGACUAUCCACAGAGACAGAACCUGCCUUGGAAUCUAUGAGCAAGUCUUUGGUCUCAUCCGUUCCCCUCUGGACAACAACCAAUGGAAGAUCAAGUUCACUGAAGUCAGAAUGCAAAAGAAGGAUGACAUGAGUGUAGGAGAUGAGCUGGCUCCUCCCCCGUUAACUUGGGACCCCAGUGAACUAGAGAGGCUAUGUGGCUCUCCUUGAUCUACAUGAAGGCUGAUCUUCGUCAGGGAUAAACAUACUGGAUGCCUGGAAGUUUGUCUUUUGAGGAUAGAUACGGAUGCAGAGAGAUUCUACAGAUGCUGCCAACAUCUGUCAACAUACUAUCGUUACAUCACACUGUUACUAAUGAAGAGAAAAGCUGGAUUGGUACCACACGUAAGAGCUCAUAUAAUCUUUUAUACUUAAAACACAACACCAUAGUACUAAAUAAAAACGUAUUUUUAUUCAAAAAGUAAGAAAGAAAAGAAAGAAAGAAAAUAAGGACUUGUGUAACUAAAAACAAGUUAAUUGAGGAAUACCUGGAAUACUGAUUUUUUUUAUAAUUUGUUUACGAAGAUGUAAAAUGUUAACUCCGUCGGGUCACUUUGGACCCAUGAAAGGGUUUGAAAGGCUGCAUCUGAGACAGUAUGUACUUUGCAUUAAGUUAUAAUCAUAUUACAAAGGAAUUAACAUAUUUUCUCCCUGUCUGUCUCUCCAAUUGUACUGCAGUGCUUAGAGGGCUUUCCAUGUUCCAGGGCAUCCCAUCAUUCUUUUCCUUUUCUGCACACACUUUUUCCAAUUACUUUAAUUCUUGAUCUUCCUUGCUCUUUGUCAUCCUCAGCCCUAUCACAUUAUCACAAAAACAUUAGUCUGUGUCUGUAUUUAUCCACUGUGAUUACUGUUGUGAAAUGUCCCCAUCUAUCCUCUCAACCCUCAUUAACACUUAUACAUGGUAAUCCAUUUCUGUACAACUCAUCAAUCGUUACCUGCGUGCACUUCAAGUUCAUCUCUCCACUCUCCAGAGCUGUAGAUAUCCUCUCAUCUCUCCACUUUCCAGAGCUGUAGAUAUCCUCUCUCCAGAGCUGUAGAUAUCCUCUCUCUCAGAGCUGGGAUCACCUGUCCCACCUCCUGGUUCUUCCUCUCAGUCACUCUCCAUCUGUGCUGUUACUGUCAGGAUCUGCAUCUGUAAUUGGCCUUAGCCUGUUUGCCUUUCAUUUGACAACUUUAAAAUGUUUGUGUAUUGUCUGUGAUUGUGUUUUUUUUUUUUAUCUUAAUGUGUGUGUUUUAAUUAAUCGCUUUUGUAAAGCACUUGGGCUAAGAGCUGUCAAAUAUGCUUAGUAAAAAAAUAUGACUGACUGAUUGACAUUAACCAGUGUACACAUUUCCUCCAGGGACAAAUACAUUGCUACUGUAAAUAAAAGAAAGAGGGUCAUAGUAGUUUAGUUCGCCUCAACAAGUUACAGCAGUAUUAUGUUGACUGUAUAUACUUGUGUGUCGGUGGUUGAGAUAAUCUAGCAAUGAUUUGAGCAACAUUGUGAUGUAAAACAUAACAUUAAUAAUCCAUGAGUUAUUACCAACGGGUUGACCAUUUUACUGAAAUGAUUCAGAUUUUGACCUUGCACACUAUCUGUUUCUUUAAUGAAAUGUUUUGGGAUCUGGCCCUCCAUCUUUUUUAUUUGAGUGUGUCAGAUUUGACUCAUUAUCUUCUUUUAUUUAAUUGGUCCAUAUAUGUCCCUCUGUCUGUUCCUCGAAAGAGAGUAGGGUAGCUCCAGUAUGGUGGGGCCUGCAAUGCUCCAGUGACUUUGUGGUUUUGGUGGGAAAUGUUACAUGUGGGAAAUUAUUCUUGGCACCCUCUUCAAAGAUCCUGGAAUAGUUCAUAUCUCUGUGUCUAUGGCAGGCUCUUUGUGCUUUACUAGGCCAUAGUUGUGGUGGAGGAAACCACCCAGGCCAUUGAUCUGGGCCUGUUGAACUUACAGAAAGAAUAAUAACAAGCUUCUUGCCGUCUUCUUUAUGGCACUUGGCUUUCCUCUGUUUAAUAAGCGGUUUGGCCACGGCUGCCGCUCUGACGCACGGCUUCAGAAAUAUACUGCUGAUCACUGUGACUUUGGAACUUUUUUUUUUCUUUUCACUCUCUAAUAGGGACGUGUGUUUCUCAUAAAGGAUUUGGAUAGCGGAAUCUUUAAUAAGCUUUUGUGGGGUGAAGUGCACGUAGUAACAAUUUUCAUUGCCAAGUAGAUUUGCUUCAGGAUUUCAGUUGGACAUUAUGGUUUAAAAAACAUCUAUUUUUUUGUGUAGUUUAGGGAAUUUAGUUGUAUGUGCCUCGUGAGAGGACUUGCUCAACGUCUGUGUGAUAGAGAGUGAUAGGGAGUCAGAUGGCCGAGCGGUUAGGGAAUUGGACUAUUAAUCAGAUGGUUGCUGGUUCGAUUUCUGGCCGUGCGAAUUGAUGUUGUGUCCUGGCUUAGGGUUAAGCACUUCACCCUACUUGCCUUGGGGGAAUGUCCCUGUACUUACUGUAAGUCACUCUGGAUACGAGCGUCUUCUAAAUGUAGAGACAUCUUUGCAACAUGGUUCAUUUCUAUCAAAUAUGAUUUUACAGAGCAAUUAAUGUUUACAUGUAUUUAAUAAA